AUGCCUCUCCAAGCUCGCACAGCGACCGUCUCACGGUCCACAAAUGAGACCAAGAUCCAGGUUUCCCUCUCCCUGGACGGCGGUGUUCUUCCGCCCUUCGAACCCAUCUCACAUUUCCCGCCAUCGAAUGACCCCGCCGAGGCCGAGGCCGAGAAGAAGGGCGUUGUCCCUAUCAAGGGUGCUGAACACGCCACUCAAUUUACUCCCACUCAGCAAAUUACUAUCAGCACAGGCAUUGGUUUCCUGGAUCAUAUGCUUCACGCGCUUGCCAAGCAUGGCGGCUGGAGUUUGGCCGUGCGGGCAAAGGGCGAUUUGUACAUUGACGACCACCACACCACGGAGGAUACUUUCCUCGCCCUUGGCACGGCCUUUACCAAAGCCCUCGGCGCUCGUCAAUCUCUCGCGCGUUUCGGCCGUGGUGAUGCACCCCUCGAUGAGGCCCUCUCCUGGGCCGUCAUCGACCUGUCCAGUCGUCCCUACGCCGUGAUCGACCUGGGCUUCAAGCGUGAGAAGAUUGGCGCCCUGAGCACCGAGAUGCUCACUCACGGUCUGCAGAGCUUCGCCCAGGCUGCCGAUGUUACACUGCACAUGGGCUGCACCUACGGUGACAAUGACCACCACCGGGCAGAAAGUGCCAUCAAGGCCUUGGCCGUUGCUAUUCGAGCUGCGACUGCGCGUCGUGUCGAGGGCGAGGUGGGUGCUGGCGAUGUUGUCAGCACAAAGGGUGUGCUGUAA